AGGCUCAGCUCAAAGGGAGGGAGGACAGCCGAGCUGACCGGAUGGUUCAGCUCUUCUCCACCAGGAGGACCGAGCAGGCGGCCGAGGCCAUGGAGCCGUGCCCCGUCCCUCUGCAAGGACUUCUGCUCACAGCCUCACUUCUAACCUUCUGGAAUGUGGCGGCCACUGCCCAGCUCACUGUUGAAGCUGUACCGCCCAAUGCGGUUGAGGGACAGGAUGCUCUUCUACCUGCCCACAGCGAGGGACAGAAGUUUUAUGGCUACAUCUGGUACAAAGGGAGCCAGGUGCAUGAAAGCCACCUGAUUAUACGGCAUAUAAUAUCCACGAACAUAACAGUGACGGGCCCCGCAUACACCGGGCGAGAGACCGUGUACCCCAAUGGAUCCCUGCUGCUGCAGAAUCUCACCCUGAACGACUCGGGAGUCUACACCCUCCAAAAAGUGGAUGAGGUGCUUCAAAGUCAGAACGUGGUUGUGAAACUCAGCGUAUACCCGCUGCUCCCCAAACCUUCCAUCAGAAGCAAUAACAGUGACCCUGUGGAGGGUGAGGAUUCUGUAGCGUUAACGUGUGAACCUAAGAGUGAAGGAACAACUUACCAUUGGAGGGUGAACGGUCAGAACCUUCCAGAGGAUGCCAGACUGCAGCUGUCCACAGACAACACGACUCUCAUUUUACUUAGCGUCACAAGGAAUGACACAGGGCCUUAUCAGUGUGAAACCUGGAACCCAGUGUCGGCCAACCGAAGUGACUCAGUCUCUCUCAAUGUUCUCUAUGGCCCGGACACCCCCACAAUAUCCCCCUCAGAAUUCUAUUUCCAAGCAGGGACUAACCUCAACCUCUCCUGCCAAGCGGCCUCUAACCCACCCUCCCAGUACUCCUGGUUUAUCAAUGGGAUUCCACAGUCCUACUCAUCAGAGCUCCUUAUCCCCAACAUCACUACAAAUGAUAGUGGAAGUUACUCUUGCUUCGUCAAUAAUUCUGUCACGGGCCUCAAUAGGACCGCAGUCAAGAACAUUACCAUCCUUGAGCCGGUGACGCAGCCCUCCAUCCAGACCAUCAACAGCACCGUCGCGGAAGAUGACUCUGUCACCCUGACCUGCCUCUCAGAGGGUCACGCUGCAGUCUCCAUCCGGUGGCUCUUCAAUAACGAGGAGCUGCGGCUCACGGACAGGAUGAAGCUGACCAGGAACAACAGCGUCCUCACCAUUGACCCGGUCUGGAGGGCCGACGCCGGGCUCUAUCAGUGUGAGGUGUCCAACCCUGUGAGCUCCAGAAAGAGUGGCCUCUUCCGGCUGGUUGUCCUCUUUGACCCAACAAGAAGCCCUGGCCUCUCUGGUGGGGCCAUUGCCGGAAUCGUGGUUGGAUCUGUGGCCGGGGUGACUCUGGCAGCAGCCCUGGCAUAUUUCCUGUAUUUCAGGAAGACCGGCGGGGCAAGUGACGGGCAUCACCUCACAGAGCACAAACUGUCAGCCUCCAACCACAGUCAGGGCCCCUUUGAGAACCAUCUCAGCAAGGUGGAUGAGAUUGCUUAUUCUGCCCUGAAUUUCAAUGCCCAGCAACCAAAAUCUCCGGCACCAGCCUCCCCAACCCCAGCUGCAUCGGAAACAAUUUAUUCGGAAGUGAAAAAGAAGUGAUGUGUCCUGCCGAUGUGUCCGCUCCCCCAGCCUCACUGGAUGUCUUGGGGAGACCCCCCCCCCCGGCUCCCCAUGAUGCGUCUCCAGGCUCCAGCCCUUCCCUUCAGUGUCAAUAUAGGACAUCCAAUGUUCCCCUGGCAUUGAACUUGGACUGCAGCCACUCUGAGACGGAGAAGUGACAGCAUCCGCCACCUUUUAUUGACAACCUCCAUACAUAUAGACCACGUGCCAUGAUCAUAAUCCCCACCCACCGCCCUCGAUUUUCCUCCCUCCCACGCCCUCCCUUCACUAAAUCCCUUUAGACUUGAUUUUUUUGUUUUUGUUUUUGUUUUUUUUUAGUUUUUCAAGGUAGGGUUUCAUUCUAGUCCCGGCUGACCUGGAAUUCACCAUGUACUCUCAGGGUGACCUCGAACUCACGGUGAUCCUCCUACCUCUGCCUCCCGAGGGCUGGGACUAAAGGCGUGCGCCACCACGGCCGUUGUACCAUGUCAGAGCACACCCAUUCCUUCCUCCUCCCCCAUUCUACUCUGAGUCCAACUUGAAUCCAUCAGAGUUAUGUUGUGUUUUGUUUUUUUCUU